GUUAUGUCACUUGUCAUUUAUCUGUCAUUUUUGUAACUCUUAUUGCUUUGUAUCGGCGCUUGUUUAUUUCGUGGUAUCACGUAUACCGGUUACACUUUCUUAACUCAAAUAUAUUAGUAAUAAAACAUGUGGUAUUUAUCAUCGGAGACCGAUCAGCGGAUUCUAUACGUUGUGCCACUUAACAAGGAAGUGGUAAUAGGCAGAAAUGCAGACGGACAAACUUGUACUUUUGUUAUUUCGGAUGAUCCCUCAAUAAGUAGAAAACAUGCACUGCUAUCGGUCACAGAAGAUGGUCUGUAUAUACAAGAUUUGGGCUCAAGGUAUUUUACAUACAUCAAUGAGGAAAAGUUAGAACCUGAUUCCAAAGCCAAGUUAAACAACAGCGAUUUAGUAAAGUUCGGUAAACUGAAUUGCGUGUGGAAGGUACACGAAGUCAAUCUCACGACAUGCACGUCGACAUUAAAGGGAGAAAAUCUUCAGACAGUAAGGAACAUUGUCGGUCAAAUUGGUGGGGUUUUGAAGACUGAGUGGGAGGAUGAAUGCAGGUUCUUGACCAUGCCUGUCAUUACGCUGACAAUUAAAGUUGUUUUAGCUCUGGUACAGGGUUGCAACAUUGUCACCACAGAUUAUUGGAAUAACUGUCUUGAAGCUGUGAAUGAUAAUGCAGAACUGCCUGAUCCACAUAAAUUUGUUCCAAAAGUGGUUGAAACUACUUUAAAUAAGGAGGUAGUAUCCUUCAUCCCUAAUGAACAGAGGAAAACACUGUUUGCAGGCAAAAAGUUUGUUUUUUUCCAUAAACGUCAGUAUGAGAUGUACAAGAGUGUGUUGAUGAAGAGCAGUGCAGAGUCUGUUUUGUUCAAUGAGGCCCAGCUGACUAAAGCAAUGCUUUGUGAACGGGAUGUGAUCCUCAUACAAGAUAAUAUGGCGUAUGUCUCUCAAGAGACACAAACUCUAAGAAGCAAAAUCAAUGAGAUUUUUAUGUAUCUAAAUUCAAAGGGCAAAAGACCUAUACCUGAGGCAGAAAUUGGCCUAGCCGUAUUAUAUUGUUCAACAGAAAAAUACUGUAAUCCAGAUUUCAAUAUUUCACAUGAAAUGAUGAAACAAACAUCCAAGAAUAAGGCUGCUAAUGUGUUAGCUUUUGAAUCUCAAUCUCAAAACCCUGCAGUAUCCACAAACAAGGUUGUUGAUGAAAGCCUUACUGCCCUUGAUAAUACAACAGAAAAUGCAUCCAAACGAAAAUUCUCUGAAGAUAAUGAUGACAUACAAGCAAAUGCAAAUAAAAAAAUUGCCACUGGACCAUCAAUCAUACUUGAGGAUACUGUUAACAAAAGAAAAUUGGCUGAUGAAGAUGAUAUCUCAAAUCCAUCAAAGAAAUUGGCUUUACAGAGCAACUCUGAAGGUGAUGACUUAUUCAAUUUCAUAACUUCAGACAAUGAAGCCAAUGAGGACAAAAAGGACACUGAAACUACCAAGAGAUUAAACUUAGCCAGACCAACAAAGAGGAAAGCUAAUGAUGAUGAUGGUGAUGAUUUAUUCAACUUUAUUCAAAUUAAUAAACCAAGAACAAGUAAUGAUACAGAAAAUAAUGAAAAAGUUGAUAAUGAUCAAUCAAGGGCCAAUCACAUUAAGAAAACGGGAAAUAUCAGUGCAGAUGAAAUAUUAGCUAUGAGAGGUUCAAAACUAGCAGAGUUAAUGAAAGAUAAUGUAGAUGCAGAUAAUGGAAUGAAAAUAAAUAUAAAAAAAGAAAUAAAACAAGAAUUAGAUGAGCAAAUGAGUCGACUUGAUCUGGGCAUGACUGUUGUUACUAUAAGAGAUGAUUUGAUUGUUAAAAAAGAGCCCAUAGUGAUAGAGGAAGCACAGCCAACUGUGAAAAACUUUAAAAAAUUCAAAAAAGUGUGGCCAUUGAAGAUGCAGGUGACAUCAAAUGUAUCAAUGAGUAUGACAACUGUGGGUGGCAAUUAGAAUAAAUCCUAACUAUAUUUUUUAUAUGAUUCAAAUAAAACACACAAUUAUUA